AUGUCACUCGAUUCAGCAACGUCGAUGUCGAAAGAUAACAUAUCCCUGAACGCUGUACCGGAGGCUGAAUUCUCCCAGUUCUUUCUGAUUUUUCCUCAAAAGAUGAUCAGAGAGAUAUUAUUGAGACUCCCUGUGAAAUCCCUAUUGAAAUUCAGCCUAAUUCUGGGACGUUCGUCUGAUUCUCUGGAUCUCUGCACUUGUCCCCUUUACGAUGAAACAGAAGAAAUCCCAUCUAUGGAUAUUGUUCUGGUUGAUUGUCCUUUAUUUGGCCCCGUGACUAUGCUACGGAUAGUGGGUUCUUGCUAUGGGUUGGUGUGCCUAGUUUUGGAUCUCAAUACUGUUAUUAUUUUGAACCUAGCAACAAGAAAGUCCCGAGAAUUUCCAAUUUCUAGUAUCAAUGUAUUUGAUACAGAAUACGGGCUUGCUUAUGAUGAAUCUACUGAUGAAUACAAAGUUGUAGAAGUUGGUUGCACGAUUGAUGGUUUGGAUGAAAUUAAAACUCUUGUCCAGGUGUACAGUUCAAAAAGCGAUUCAUGUAGAAUCAUUGACGGGCCUCCUGGAUUCGUAUUCACUGGCUGCAGUGUAUUUGUGAAUGGAGCUAUCCAUUGGAAAGUACUAUACCCCAGAAAUAACCCGAGGGAUUGGUUUGUUGUGGCACAUGGAAUUGCAACUGAUAGAUUAGAAUUGGUACGCAAACCCAAGUAUGAAACAGGGAUUGACGAUGCAAUGCUGAUCGUUUCGGGAGAGCGACUUUGUGUUUCUUUGAGUUAUCAAACAAAAAUUGAUAUAUGGAUUUUGAGAGAAGAUGGCAAUGAAGAAUAUUGCACUAAACUAGUUCAAAUUCCAUACUAUUUGGAUCUCAGCAAUAAUCAUUAUAUUAAGCCAAAUCCUUUGCUUAUAUUAGGAAAUGGUGAGGUUCUAUUAAGCUAUGGAUCAUAUAUUGUGAUGUAUGAGCCAUUUAAGACUUGUGAGGUUCAUACCUUUGAUGAGAAUAUUGAAUUUGAAGCUGCUACCUACACAGAAAGCUUUGUUUCUACUGAAUUUCAGAAAUGA